AUGUCUGUUUCCCUCCAUCUUGUCACUGUCCUGCUUGCGUCUGUCUUCUUAUUUCUCAACCGUUUCUUUCUUUCUUUUUUUUUUUUCUUUCAUUCUUUCUUUCUUUCUUUCUUUCUUUCUUUCUUUCUUUUUUUAAUAUUUAAUCCGUCUGUUUUUCUUUUCAUAUUUCUCACCCGUUUCUUUCUUUUUUCUUUUCUUUCUUUCUUUCUUUCUUUCUUUCUUUCUUUCUUUCUUUCUUCUAAUACUCAGUGCUGUCUGUCUUCUUAUUUCUCAACCGUUUCUUUUUUCUUUUCUUUCUUUCUUUCUUUCUUUUCUUUCUUUUUCUUUCUUUUAAUAUUUAAUCCGUCUGUUUUCUUUUUCAUAUUUCUCACCCGUUUUUUCUUUUCUUUCUUUCUUUCUUUCUUUCUUUCUUCUAAUACUCAGUGCUGCGUCUGUCUUCUUAUUUCUCAACCGUUUCUUUCUUUUUUCUUUCUUUCUCUGUCCGUCUGUCUUCCUUUCUUACUUCUCACCCGUUUCUUUCUUUCUUUCUUUCUUUCUUUCUUUCUUUCUUUCUUUCUUUCUUCUAAUACUCAGUGCUGCGUCUGUCUUCUUAUUUCUCAACCGUUUCUUUCUUUCUUUCUUUCUUUCUUUCUUUCUUUCUUUCUUUCUUUCUUUCUUUUAAUAUUUAAUCCGUCUGUUUUCUUUUCAUAUUUCUCACCCGUUUCUUUCUUUAUUUCUUUCUUUCUUUCUUUCUUUCUUCUAAUACUCAGUGCGUCUGUCUUCUUAUUUCUCAACCGUUUCUUUCUUUCUUUUUUUCUUUCUUUCUUUCUUUCUUUCUUUCUUUUAAUAUUUAAUCCGUCUGUUUUCUUUUCAUAUUUCUCACCCGUUUCUUUCUUUCUUUCUUUCUUUCUUUCUUCUAAUACUCAGUGCGUCUGUCUUCUUAUUUCUCAACCGUUUCUUUCUUUCUUUCUUUCUUUCUCUGUCCGUCUGUCUUCCUUUCUUACUUCUCACCCAUUUCUUUCUUUCUUUUCUUUCUUUCUUCGUUUACAUUUUUCUUACAUUUCUUUCUUCCUGUUUUUCCAUUUAUUUUCCUUUAACAUAUUUCUCUUUUUCUCGCCACUGAUUUCGCAAUAG